AUGGUGAAUGGAGAAGGCAAGUUAGCAAGUGAAUUUGCAGCAUUGAGGGUAACCGAUCCCUACAGUGCCAAUGGCAGUGAUGGAUUGUUUCAGGUUAUGAGAGCAGUUGAAGCUGCCGAGGCAACGAUCAAACAGCAGGUGGAAGAGAACAAUCGAUUGAGAUCCGAAAUUCAGAAAAAAAAUGAGGAACUUGAGAAAUAUAAAUCAGGUGAUGUCAAAUAUCCAACCUCUCAAUUUUCUGAUCGCUUGGGUGACCAUGAACUGCAUCGAAAUGAUCAUGUAGUUUUAAAUUUGGGAAAUCAUAUAGAUGAAAACCAACGUGAUAGCAUUACAGUCAAUAGAUCUUUGAACAUGACUCAUGGAGCAUCAAAUAAUUUUGGCGUCUCCCAGAUUCUGUCACCAUCCAUCACAUUGUUUACCCCUGCAAGGUACCAGCAAGAAAGCAAUUUUGAUUCAGAGUUCAGAUAUUUGGGAAAGGAUUUGAUUUCAAUGGCUGACAGUAGUUCGAAGCAGGAUAUUGUUGUAAGGAUACGGAAGCAUGAAGAGGAGAUUCUACAGUUGAGAAAGCAUCUUGCAGAAUGUUCAAUAAAGGAAGCACAAUUUAGCAAUGAGAAAUAUGCCCUCGAGAAAAGAAUAUCAUACAUGCGUCUGGCAUUUGAUCAGCAACAGCAGGAUCUCAUUCUGGCUGCUUCUAAAGCAGUUUCCUACAGACAAGACAUAAUGGAGGAGAAUGUUCGUCUAGCGUAUGCAUUGCAGGCUGCUCAACAAAAAAGAACAACAUUCAUAAAUUCUCUAAUGCCUCUUCUUACGGAGUAUUAUCUCCAGCCGCUUGCUUCCAAUGCACAAUCCAUUGUCAGUAAUGUAAAGGUUCUGUUUAGACAUUUGCAGGAACAGCUUCUUGUGACUGAGGGAAAGCUCAAAGAAUCACAGUGCCAGCUAGCACCCUGGCGUUCAGAUGUGAAUCCCUACAACUUCAAGCGGUCUCCAAUUUAUUCUAUUGAGAGCAAAGAUGGGCUGGAACUGGUUUCAGAACAAACAUAUUCUGAUGGAAAUAUACCAACUUUGGAUCCCCAGACAACAAUCUCUGGAGAUAUUCUGGGUCUUCCACAAAGUGGAUUGGACAAUUUGAAGACUUCGGAGCAUGGUGAAUUGGGGAGGCAUCAACCUUUUGCCAGCAGCACCUUACACCAUUCCAAGAGACAAUAA